GAAUAAUGAGCAUGAUCAGUAUGUUCGAACAUGGCGGAGGGAAUGGAUGUGACAUUUUUUGAUCUGAGAUUAGUUCACGAUCAUUUUGAUCGCGCCCUUAUCGAAGACGAUGAUGUCAACAUGCGAGCUUAUCUCGAUGCCUACAAUGAACUAUACAAGUUCUUUCAACUCAUGGGAAGUGUCUUCAGCUUUGUCUCCGCCGAUCUGAAGCAGAAAAUUGAUGUUUUAAAUGAAUUGUUGAACAAAGAGGAGGAGAAAUAUCAAACAGUGAAGUCAAUGAUCGAGCAUGAGAAGGAAAAUAAAUUAUUAGAUAAGGGAGAUUAUUCCAAUGGCGCUAGAACGCUGUUGAGACUUCAUCGGGGACUUGAUUUUAUUAGAGAAUUUUUGAGACAAUUGGGGAAUCUUUCUGAUGCUGAUAAGACAUCAAGCUGUUGUCAGGAUGCUUAUAACAAAACCCUAGCUAAACAUCAUCCAUGGGUCAUAAGAAAAACUGCUGUUGUUGCUAUGUAUACCAUGCCCACCAGAGAAACACUGCUCAAGAAGGUAUGUGGAGACAAUGUUCAACGUAAUAUUGAUGUUCUGCCAAAAAUGUUGGAAGUGACUGCCGACAUAUUCAACCGUACACACAGCCUCUACGAUUUCCACGAGCUUCAUGAGCUACCUUGAAGCCAAUGUGAUUAGUCAAAUACUUUUUAAAUUCAUAUCAAUGCAAAAACCUGGCAGUUCGGUACUUAUAAUCGUUGGCAGUGGUCGGCGAGGAUGACAAUCCAACAAUUUUCAGCUUCAUGAGCCAUGGGAAAGUUCAACCAGUCCAUUUUGUCUCACCCCUGGCAGCUUUACCAAGCUUUUGCAUUUAUUUUUAGAAGAAUUUAAAUAACAUUCCAGAUAUUGGAAAAUUCUUAUAACAAUCAAUGAAUUUUAAGUAAUGAUACGUGCUCCAUACUCUUUUCCAUGUAGUAUUCAAUCGCAAAAUAUUUCCUGCACUUUUAUGCAAGUUUUUUAAUGAUUAUUGGAUAAGACAAGCUGUUGCUUCGACAAAUAAAAAUUAUCAGGAUAUAA